AUGAACAGCACUGUAGGGCCCGAACCGGCGAGUGCGAUCCUCUCGUCCGUUCCCGCCCUGCUCGCGACCAAGUACUUGUCUGCGGCAGGCAUGGUUGCGGUACUAUGGGACCACAUCAUCAGUCUCGACGAGGAAAUCGAUUACAUAUGGCCCAAGAAGAUCGACGUUACGAAAGUGACGUAUGUUUUAUAUCGCUAUGGGACGGAAGGGGGCUUUUUCUACGUCGCGUACAUGUUCAGCGGCUUUAGGCCGCCAUUAACGACAGAGUCCUGCAAGUCGUUCAUUGUUGUCCUGUUUUGCCUUCUAAUGGCAACAUCAUUACUCGCAAACGUGUACAUGGCCCUAUACCACUACCAGCUCUGGGACCACCGGAAAGGAGCGAUGUACGCCAUUAUCGUCGCGCUCAUCUGCACAUACCUCCCGGCGUUCAUUCUAGGCGUCAUCCAGACGAUACAAGAGCACAGUAGGCCUCACGCGUUUCAUCCCCGCAGAGCGUCGCCGCUCACAGGCGUUGCAGGACAGACAACGUACUUCGCGCCGCUCGACACCUGCCUCAUCAUCAGCGGAUCAGCGGUGGGAAAAGGCUUCUGGGCGUGUUUGGUUGCAUUUGAUGCAUUUGCGAUCACGUUGGCUGUUGCGAAUGCUCUCGACAGACCCUACCGUCAGAGCACAGACGUUCUGUCAUCGCUGCGGCGAGAUGGCGCCGCGUGGUUCUUCUGCUUGUUCCUGGCGCGGCUAAUGAACUUCAUCAUAUUCGUGCGACUACCACCAUACGAAGACCUAGUAAUCGUCUUGUGCGCUCUUUAUCUUCCUGCCCGCCCAACACCUCCGACUAACAGGUUCUCUAGCAACGUCUGGUCGCUCAUCGCCAUAAUCCUCUCCAGGCUCAUCUUGCGCGUGGAGAAGCUGAAGAAAGACAACCACCGGGUCCGAAUUUGGGACCCCAAGGCCGAAGCGUUCGAGCUCGGCCGCUUCUCGAACAACGGCGGAGGCAUCUCGCCUUCAUGA